UCAAAUCCAAUAUGGCGGCUUCAAAACAGGAGAACAAAAAGCUUCUGGCCGAGCAAGCUUCGAAAUCAGGGGAGGAAUUCAUUCAACUUUACUAUGAGACGUUUGACAAACGCAGACAUGUUUUAUCAAAGUUAUAUUCAGACACUUCAAGUUUGGUGUGGAAUGGCCAUCAUAUAAAAGGGAGUGAUAAAUUAAAUGAAUUCCUUGUCUCCCUACCUACAACUGUGCACAACAUCUAUUCCAUGGAUUGUCAGCCAGUCCCAGAGAAAGCUGUACCAGGAGGCAGAACUAUUGCAGUCUUUGUUAGUGGGAAUGUUGAGUAUGAAGAUACUAAAGCUAAAAUUUUUUCUCAGAAUUUUGUGCUUACCGCAGAAGGAAAAGUAUGGAAGGUUGUUAGCGAUUGUUUUCGAACAACUACUUAACACAAACUUUAAAAGUCCCGAAUCUGGCUGAUAAAAUUUUUCUCUUUUUGGCAUAACUGUCAACCCAGUGAAACCUUUUUGGAGGCAUAUUGGUAGAGCCUUUAGAGUAUAAGGAAUGAGUAUAUGUUGGAUAUGAACGCACCUUACAUUGGUAAAUACUCGUAUAUUGGGCUACAGCUGAAAAAUCUAAAUUGAAGUUCAGAGGUACUACCACUACAUAUGCGUAGAUUUUAAGGAGCGAUGUGAUGA